AUGGUGCAGAGUGGGUUGUUGCUGGCAUUGUACGAGCUGAGAGCUUCGCGGCUCAGCGAGGCCUCUGUGAGCGUUGGGAAUUGCGCAAGGCUGGGAUACACUCUCCGCUUGAAUAUCGAUCAUAUCCAACAGGAUGAAGGAAGCUUUCCCUGGGUUGAGUCCGAGGAACGAAGAAGAGUUUGGUGCGGACUAUAUAUGUUAGACCGGGUCAUUUACCAAGUAGCCACCGAGUUUCGGGCGCCCCACGCAGUAGAAGACCCCGAUGCCAAUUUUCGGCUGCCGAUAGACGAUAUCUUUUGUUAUAAACGAAAAGCACCGGUCGAAGGAAAUUCCCACCCGACUUUCUCGACGCCGCUUCAGGUUCCCUUGUGUUAUUUUGCGCGUGAGAUCCAGUCAUCCCGCAUCCUCGGGCAAGUCCAGAUGCUUAGACGGUCAAGUGACGCCGAUUGGUCUUAUGAACGAUUUACAGCUCUCGAUCGCACACUGAUGCAAUUCAUGGAGAUACUAUUUGAGCAAACGCCCGGGAGUUGGGCAGUUCUGUGUGGGGCAAACGCCAUUGGUUUAGCGUCUGCAAUAAGUCUCCAUCAAGACCGUCUAUCACGCGCAGCUCGUGGAGCUAUUUCCUCCACCGACCUGGAUACCUCAUUCCAUGCGAUCACAGCGUAUAUUAAGAUGGUCGGAGAUAUCUGCUCCAAAUUUGACGCGCUCGAGCCUAGUAGGAAGAUACCUUGCGUACCCCUACCAGCCGUGAUGUGCACUGGAGAAGCUGUCCUGGCCAUCAGAUUUCUUAGACGUUCGUAUGGGCUAGCAUUUCAGUUUGAUGAAGAGCCUUUCCGACGCAUCCUUGUCUACGCUACAAGAACAUGGACUCUUGCCGGUAUGUUUGGUGCCUAUGUUUUGGUCUCCUCUGCCGAAAAUGUUUCAGAAGGGCGGCUGAUCCUUGAAUAUGAAGAUGCGUAUCUCCGACGGACGGCAGAGAUGACUCGGAUUCAAUAA